AUGGCCACAGCCGCGGCUGCCGCACGUCUCACCCCCGCCGUCCUUCCCCGUCCCCGCAGGAGGGUCCCCGCGCCGUGCGCCUCAGCUAGCGGCGCCUCCGGCUCCGGGCGCAGCCGCCGGCUGCGCUGUGAGUUCGUUGCCAGCGUCGGGAACGGAGCGCUCUCCGGCGAGGACGACCCUCGACUGAUAGACCGCCAAAAAGCUCUUGAUGCAGCCAUGAGUGACAUAAACAACUCUUUUGGCAAAGGAAGUGUUACAAGAUUAGGCAGUGCUGGCGGUGCUUUUGUUGAGACUUUUCCAAGUGGCUGCUUAACACUUGAUUUUGCUUUGGGUGGUGGCCUUCCAAAAGGAAGAGUAGUAGAGGUCUAUGGUCCAGAAAGCAGUGGAAAGACGACUCUGGCUCUGCAUGCCAUUGCUGAAAUACAGAGGCUAGGAGGAAAUGCCAUGCUUGUCGAUGCAGAGCAUGCUUUCGAUCCAGCUUAUUCAAAAGCACUUGGGGUAGAUAUUGAAAAUCUGAUUGUCUGUCAGCCCGACAAUGGAGAGAUGGCACUAGAAAUUGCGGAUCGCAUGUGCAGAUCUGGAGCAAUAGAUCUCAUCUGUAUUGAUUCAGUAUCAGCUCUCACUCCACGUGCGGAAAUUGAAGGUGAGAUAGGGAUGCAGCAGAUGGGUUUACAAGCUCGGCUGAUGAGUCAAGCAUUGAGAAAGAUGUCAGGCAAUGCCUCAAAGGCUGGUUGUACUCUUAUGUUCUUGAAUCAAAUAAGAUACAAGAUUGGAGUAUUCUAUGGGAAUCCUGAGGUUACUAGUGGAGGGAUAGCUUUGAAAUUCUUCGCAUCAGUUCGCCUAGAGAUACGGCACAUUGGAAAGAUAAAAUCUGUCAAGGGGGAUGAAGAUAUUGGUGUCAAGGUCCGUGUCAGAGUGCAGAAGAGUAAAGUCUCCAGGCCCUACAAGCAAGCUGAAUUUGAAAUAAUGUUUGGGGAGGGUGUUAGUAAAUUGGGUUGUAUUAUUGAUUGUGCCGAGCUGAUGGAAGUUGUUGCAAAAAAGGGUUCAUGGUAUAGUUACAAAGAUAUAAGGCUGGGUCAAGGUAGAGAAAAGGCACUGCAGUAUCUCCGAGAGAACCCAACCGUUUGCAAUGAGAUAGAAAAGAUAGUCCGAGCCAUGAUACCUGAAGGAACAAGACAUAUGGCCAUGCUAGCUUUUGGACAGUCAUCAUCAGAACCUGAAGAGGAAGAAGUAUAUGAUGACUGAGCACGACUAAUCAUCAAGCUCUGAAGAUGACAGCUGCUAAUCCGUCCAUCUAGCACCAAAAUCCUGAGCCUUUUGACCCCAUGGCGACAGAUGACUAGCCCCUUCUCGAAAACGAAGUGAAGUGAACAUUCUAGUGAUAUGGUGCUGUUUGUUAGGAUUCUGAUCUGUGAGCAGUUGGUUGCUGCAAUAGCAGUAAUGUACCACCAUCAUGUACCAUUGGCGCAGGGAAUUUUGUAGAGAAAACUGAUAAGUUCGUAUUAAUGAAGCUGGAAAUAUCUGCCCACUUUGUUCAAUCCUU